AUGGACGUAGCCACAUUCGGUGCAACCUGCUCGCCUAGUCUGGCGCAGUAUGUUAAGAAUAAAAACGCAGCAGAGUUCACCGAAAGAUUUCCAAGGGGGCCGAAGGCUAUUAUAGAGAACCAUUAUGUAGAUGAUUUCCUGGACAGCGUAGAUUCAGAAGCGGAAGCAGUACAGCUGGUCAACGAAGUAAAGUAUGUGCACUCACAAGCGGGGUUUGAGAUCCGAAACUUUUCUUCCAACUCUGUUGAAGUUCUGGCUGAAAUCGGAGAGCAAAGAGCGCCACAAACGGUGUCCCUGAAUCUGGAGAAAUCCUCAGAAACGGAGAGAGUGUUAGGUAUGGUUUGGAGGCCGACCGAGGACAUCUUUACCUUCGAUCUAAGUACAAUAAAGGACGAGGUUAGAGCGCUGAUUGCAGGUUCAGUUACACCAACCAAAAGACAAGUUCUGAAGGUCAUAAUGUCGCUAUUUGACCCAUUGGGCCUCAUUUCCCAUUUUGUCGUCCGAGGGAAAAUUUUGAUGCAGCUAAUCUGGAGAUCCGGAACGGAUUGGGAUGAACUGAUAUCGGAAGACCUUCGAGAAAAGUGGGAUUGUUGGUGUCGUUCUAUGCAGAAUCUGGACGAAGUGGCGGUGCCUCGGUGUUAUUUUAAAGGAAUUCACAGUUCUCAUCUUGGUAAUAUAGAGGCCCACAUGUUUGUUGAUGCGAGCGAACUAGCAUGUGCUGCAGUUCUUUACCUCCGAAUUGCUGAUAGUGGCCAACCUCGUUGCGCACUAGUAGCGGCGAAAACAAAAGUCGCACCGUUGAAGCCUCUGUCAGUGCCUCGUCUUGAGUUACAAGCUGCGAUGAUUGGAACGAGAUUAUUGAGUAGUGUUCUGACAUCCCUGGAUCUUCCUGUGUCGAGGCGAUUCCUGUGGUCCGACUCGUCAACCGUACUUUCGUGGUUGAGAUCUGACAGUCGUCGGUAUCACCAGUUUGUGGCCUUCCGAGUAGGGGAAAUUCUUACGUCGACCAGCAUGGAUGAGUGGAACUAUGUGCCCUCCAAACUCAACGUGGCUGAUACCGCUACCAAGUGGAAAGAUGCGCCCAGUUUCGAUAGUAAGAGUUCUUGGUACAACGCGCCAGAUUUCCUGUACAAGUCACCGGAAUACUGGCCAUCGAAACCUUCGCCAAGUAAGUUGGAGACAGAUGUUGAACUUCGUGCAGUGUUCAUGUUCCACGGUACAAUACAGCCACCGCUGAUAGACAUUUCUAGAUUUUCGAACUGGAACCGACUGUUAAGAGCCACAGCAUACGUUAUACGAGGUGUUCAUCGUUUCAAGGGUGAGAAAAGUCCGAAACCAGUUAUAUUGACCCAGCAGGAACUCAAGAAUGCUGAAAACUUACUAUGGAGACAGAUACAAGCUGAUGCUUAUCCCGACGAAGUAGCGAUUCUGAAACGUAAUCGAGCGUUUCCGGAAAGUGCAGUAUCAAUUCCGAAAUCGAGUUCGAUAUAUCGUUUUUCGCCGUUCCUGGAUGAGGAGGAAAUCAUUCGGAUGAACAGCAGAAUUACAGCGGCGCCGGGGGUUCCAUUAGAAGCAAAGUUACCAGUUUUGUUGCCGAAGAAGCAUUCUACGACGGUUCUUCUUGUGGAUCAAUAUCAUAGGCGGUUCCUACACGGAAAUGGAGAGACGGUGUGUAAUGAGUUGCGUCAACGCUUCUGUAUUCCAGGUCUACGAGGUUUGAUCCGAGAAGUAUCCGGAAAGUGUCAGUUCUGCCGCAUUAGAAAAGCUACUCCACAGCCUCCUAUGAUGGCACCAUUGCCAGAAGCUAGGGUGACUGGAUUUGUAAGACCAUUUACACACACCGGAGUGGAUUAUUUCGGGCCAUUGAUGGUAAAACAAGGACGCAGCCUUGUUAAGAGAUGGGUGGCACUAUUUACUUGCCUCACGGUACGUGCCAUACAUUUGGAGAUCGUGCAUAGUUUGUCCGCUCAGUCUUGUGUGAUGGCAAUUAGACGCUUCGUUGCUCGUCGCGGUGCUCCAGAGUCAUUUUACAGUGACAACGGGACAAAUUUUCUGGGAGCAAGUAAUUUGCUGGCGAAGCAGAUACAGGACAUCAACGAGGAUUGUGCCUCAACGUUCACCAACUCUAAAACCAGAUGGCACUUCAACCCACCUUCAGCACCACACAUGGGUGGAUCGUGGGAGCGGAUGGUACGCUCCGUGAAGACUGCCAUGUUAGCAAUAGCCGAUCAUCCACAUCAUCCGAGCGACGAAGUUCUGGAUACAGUACUCCUAGAAGCUGAAGCUAUUGUCAAUUCCAGGCCGCUCACGUACAUACCGCUGGAGUUUGCAGAGCAAGAAGCAUUAACACCAAACCACUUCCUGCUCUUCGGUACAAAAGGUAUUUCGCAAAACGAGAUGGCGAUCAACUUAGGUGGUAGUGCAUUACGGGAUAGCUGGCGUCUUGCGCAAAAUUUGGUGCAUCACUUCUGGACACGUUGGAUUCGUGAGUACCUUCCAACAAUCAGCAGGCGCACCAAGUGGUUCGAACCAAAGAAGCCACUCGAACCUGGAGAUUUGGUUUUAGUCGUCGAUGAAGGAAAACGAUAUGGGUGGCUCAGAGGUCAGGUCGUAGAUGUGAUCAAAGCAGCUGACGGACAAGUACGGCGAGCGGUGGUGCAGACGAAGAACGGGCUAGUGACUCGACCAGCUGUAAAGCUGGCUCCCCUGGAUCUCAAAGUAUCUGGGUCCUCCGGAACUACACGGGCGGGGGAAUGUAACGAAACCACAGGGCAGUCUCGUUUGACAGCUGGGUGA